AUGGUCUACAUUGAAUCUUGGGACGAUUUCGUCGAGAAGUCCGUCCAGCUGUUUCGUUCCGAUCCAGAAAAGACUCGUUAUUCCAUGAAAUACAGGCACUGCGACGGCAAAUUGGUGCUGAAAGUCACCGAUGACAAAGAGUGUAUCAAAUUUAAGACCGACCAGGCUCAGGAUGCGAAAAAGAUGGAGAAGUUCAAUAACAUCUUCUUUACUCUGAUGGCUCGUGGACCUGAAGCCGAUAUAUCUGAAGUUGGUGGGAAAGAACAAAUAGAUGCACAACCAGCCAAGAAAGGAAGGGGAAGGAAACAAUAG